AUGGGAUUUGUUUUCGGAUCCAAUUAUGGGUAUGUAGAAUGGUCGGAUAACGACAAAGACGCAGAAAUACGAGGAAAGAAUCCUUCUAUUUACAGCACUCAAAAUAUCAACAAGGAAUCGCUGCACCAUCCAACUUAUUACCCAGGAUCCGCCACGGAGCGCACCGUGGUGGCGCACAAAAUCGAAGAGGACCUGCCUAGAGUGGUGACAGCUUUCCUGCACACUGGAGACUCUUCGGCUCUUGAACAAGUCAACUGUUCUCGGAGGUAUGAGUUGAGUAGCCUCCGCGGUGGAACCAAUGUGGCCUCUCACUAUUCUCUCCAUAGCGUGCUGGACACUAUAGCGCACGCGACCAAUUUCCUGAACAUGAUUUUACAAGCCAACAGGUCGCGAGAGUACAGCCUUCGGAGGGAUAUUCACUGGUACCACGCGCUGGUUCGAAGUAUUCUUGAAGGCGACCCCAAAAUUCACAAGGCAGUGGUUACAUUCCAUAAUGAUGCUCCAACACCGGGUCCUCGCGUUUUCCUUCAAGCGACAAGAACUGACAGGGAAGUGGUCCUCCAGGACCUUUCCAACUCUGCUCACCAUAGUCUCAAGAGCAGGAGCCCGGAUUCUGAGUGGUUUAACGAGUUCAGGGACCGAAAGAAAAUGCACAGUCAGAGAAGGGCGUCAGGCAGAGACGCCACAGCCACUCAAAAUAGCUACAUUCUGGACAAAAGUCAAAUCAAGUGGUCUGCACCUUACCUGGAAUGCGAGCAUGGGAAUUUCGUACCACACUGGUUACUCACCUUGUCUGCUGGGUUCUAUGGGUUGAAGACAAAUUCCGCACCCGAGUUCAGGGGUGUGGUUCGAGUGGAUGUCAACCUACAGGAUGUGGACAUUGACCAGUGCUCCAGCAGUGGCUGGUUUGCUGGAACUCACCGAUGUAACGUGACCAGCAUGGAAUGCACUCCCAUUGUCGGCCAUGGAUUCGUGCUGGACAAGUACAAGUGCCAAUGCCGGAGAGGCUUCUACCACCCUAGCAGAGUGGCACUCAAUGGUUUCACAAGUAGAGGGCCACAGCAUGGUCACGCUCACAGCGAGGACCCCUCGGAGGUGUCCAGUAAGUGCCUGCCGUGCCGUGAGGGCUGCCCCUACUGCCGGGACGACACGCCCUGCCUGGCUCAGGAAGACGGGGCCCUCCGGCUUUCUGUAGCCUCCUUCCAGGGCCUUUGCAUGCUGCUGGACUUAGUGGCCAUGGUGCUGGUCUACCACUUCCGCAGGAACAAGAGGAUCCGAGCAUCUGGUCUUAUCCUCCUGGAAGCCAUCUUGUUUGGAGCCUUGCUUCUCUACUCUACCGUGAUGAUACUGUACUUCAACCCCAGCAUGUUCCGCUGUAUCCUCCUGAGAUGGGUGCGUCUCCUGGGCUUUGCCACAGCCUACGGAACAGUGAUCCUGAAGCUUUAUAGGGUGCUGAAGGUGUUCCUGUCCCGUACGGCCCAAAGGACCCCAUACAUGACCAGCUGGCGGGUGCUGCGUCUGCUGGGGGUCAUCCUGCUGGUGGUGCUGUGGUUCCUGGUGGCCUGGACCUCGGCCGUGUGUCAGACACCUGACCGGACGUUGGCCCUUAUCAACAUGGGCCUCACCCCCGAUGGGCUGCAGUUCAGCAUGUGCCUGCUGGACCGCUGGGACUACAUGAUGGCAGUCGCUGAGUUCCUGUUUCUUCUGUGGGGAGUGUACCUCUGCUAUGCUGUCCGGACCGUACCGUCAGCCUUCCAUGAACCACGCUACAUGACUGUUGCCAUAUACAAUGAACUCCUCAUAUCGGCAAUAUUCCACACCAUUAAGUUCACUCUGGCCCCUCUGUGGCACCCUGACUGGAUGCUCAUGCUGGUCUUCGCUCACACACACCUCACCGUGACUGUGACUUUGGGGCUUCUGCUUGUUCCAAAGUUUCUGUCCACAGGGACUCAGGUGAGGGAUGACAUUGCCACUGAAGCCUAUGAGGAGGAGCUGGACAUGGUCCGGUCUGGGUCCUACCUCAACAGCAGCAUCACCUCAGCCUGGAGUGAGCACAGCCUGGACCCUGAGGACAUACGGGAUGAGCUAAAGAAGCUCUACGUCCAACUGGAGGUCUACAAGCGCAAGAAGAUGUUGGCUAACAACCCCCAUCUCCAGAAGAAGCGCAGCUCCAAGAAGGGCCUGGGCCGCUCCCUCAUGAGGCGCAUCACUGAGAUCCCAGAGACUAUGCACCGGCACGGCAGCCAUGGCAGUCGUGAGGAUCGUGACUGUAGUGAGCAUGGGAGCAACCGGAGCACCCUUCGACGGAACCCCUUUGACCCAUCCCACUCUGGUCACAAGUCCAGGGAAGACUCUCUGAAAAACAAGGUCCUGGGCCUGAAGAAAUCGCACAGCUACGACCACGUCUGUGACCAAGGGGAGGAAACUGCUGGCGGAGAGAGCUCGUGUGGGGACAAAAUGGCUGCCGGUGAGGGUUCCUUGCUUGGAUCCCUCAUGAGGAGACAGGUGAAGAAGUCACCAGAGCAUGUCCCAAGGGUUGAACCUUCCGAGUCCACGGAGUCAGUGCCCUUGGUCUGCAAGUCGGCCAGCGCGCACAACUUUACAGUGGAUAAAAAGCCCAUCCACCUGAGGACGUCCAUCAUGCAGAAGUCACUGAGUGUCAUAACCAGUGCCAAAGAGAAGAUGCCUGGGCUCACCAGCAAGACACAUUGCGUGGAGGAAGCAAGCAAGAAGGGACUCAAGGGCUGCGAUGGGAGGAUGCUGUCUGAGGUGGACGAGGCGGAAGAGAAGGAGUGUUAUCCCAAGAUGAUCAUCAGCCAGUCGGUGGAGUACUCCAAGACGCCCAUAGGCAAGAUGGGCAUCAUGAAGCAGCAGGUGAGUGGCAGCCAGCCGUCCAUCAAUACAGAGCCAGGGAGAAACCUGUAUGACCUCUCCGAGGUGUGCUCUUGGGAUGUAGAGGACCCCCCAACCCCCUCGGAAGGAAGGUCACAGAAGCAUGUGUCCAUUGCUCUGGGAGAGACCACCACGGUCCACAGAGGGGGUGGUGGUGGUGCGGUUAGCACCAAGGGCAGUCGCUCCCAACAGAAGCAACAGGGAGCCGCAGGGCAAUCACCUGCAGGCCGACGUCGCUCCAAAGGUAAGGGGAGUGAACCAGACGAGGCCAAAGAAACAAGGAAGACCAGGUCUCCCAGAUCUCCGCUCCCUCUCAAACCAGAGGUGUGCCCCUGGGCCUUUGAGGAGCAGCCGGUGUUGGGAGGUGAUUCAGACUCCAUCUCCCCAGAGAGGAUCAGAAGUAAGAAGAGUGUUACACCCACCGAUGGGAAGCCCAAGAUCCUCCACUCAGACUACUCCAAAUCCACAGGGAGUCUGCUGCAGCCGCCAACCCUGAUGGUGGACAUCUGUCCCUGGGACUACAAUGAAGCCCCUGCCCCGCCCUCCCCCAGCCAGGAGAAGAACUGCUCCAGCCCCACGCCUCACUCCAAGCGGAAACGAAAAGGCUCAUGCUCCUACAAAGAGAGGGGAGAGAGGGGGCGGUUCGGUCACCGCGCCCUCGUCUGGGAGACGGAAAAGCUCGACAAGAGACCCGGAGGCGUCAGAGAACAAGAGAGCGGAGGCAUGCCCGUGGGAGGUAGAGAACGUGCCAACCAACAUGGCACAGACAAAAACUUCUCCAGCGAAAGAAAACUCUUUGAGUUCUAA